AUGAAGCACGUUGAGUAUGUGGUAGGAAUCAUGAAUCGGGCUGGUAUCGAUAAUUCCUUCAUAUACAGUCAACUUGACGCCACGGCACGGAAACUGAAUAUUGCAAGGUUCGCGGAAAGGAAAAACAAUAUUCUCAUCGUUACUGAUGUAGCUGCACGUGGUGUUGAUAUCCCUCUGCUCGAUACA